CUACCACAAUGAACAGAUAAAAAUACCUAUAAAAAUGAUUAGCAGUUACAUUGUGCAAUGAAUUUCUGGUAAUUUAUUCAAGUGCUAGACUAUAAAUUCAAAAAGAAAAUGUGUUUGUAUAAAAUAUUAAUGCUUUUCAUAUUGGCGCAAUCCAUGUCAGCGCAUCCUGCAACUAAUCAAACUCUGCUAAUUUCUCAUUGUGACGAAAAUAAAACAAAUUCCAAUACACCGGAAAUACAUUAUAGAGUAUCCUUAGCGCAAGAUGUAUUGACGGCUUCAUCAAAUGCUUCCGGUCUCAAAGACAGCUGUUCCCAUUGUUUCAUGGGUCACCGUGACGCUCUGAAUACCGUUUACGGAAUGCUGGCGAACGAAGAAUUUAUGAAUUAUUCCAAAUCUGAUGAGAGUUGUUCUCGAUGCUUCAAAGGACUCGAGAACGGAAUUAUAAAUAGUAACAACAAUAAAACAAAAAUGAUAGGCUGCAUGUGCGGACUUUUUAUUUCCCAGUGCCCGGAUACAAACGACAUUCCUUUAAGAACUAAAGCUUUCCAUAACGUUACUUGUCAUGAAGUUGUACCCGAUGAAGACGCUUGUAAAAAAGUUUGUAUGUUCGCCGCUUUGUUCCAUAACGAACUGGAACCAGCAAAUAUUUGCUCACACUUGGAUCAAGCUACAAACAUAACGGUCUACGUGGAAUCAAAAAUUUGCCAAGACGACACUGUAUGGGUCUUCACAGGACUUGCUUCUUCUUCUCCAGCUUGCUGCAAUCAAGGAACAGCGAUUGAUUGUCCAAAAAUUUGAAGUUAUUCGAUAUUAUUAUUUCCGUAGCGGUACAAUAUAAAUCUCAAUGUAUUAUUAAAUUUUCUAGUUGUAUUUGAAUGUUUCGAUAUCAAAAUUUGAUCGUUCUUUCAAUCAGAUUUUUAUUUGGACGUAAUAUGGAACCAAACCAUCAACCAAGUACAACUGGAAUUAUAUAAUCUUUUGGAGAUAUCUACUGUACCAGUUACAUGUUUUACUGUUCAAUGUGUUUUUAAAAUAAAAGUUCGAAUGCAAA